AUGCGGUAUUAUUCCAUUUUACUUGCUGCUUUGGCCUUCGCCAUUUGCUUCUCUGCUGUGGAGGCUCGUUCCAAGGGAACUAAAAGAGAGCCCAAGAUUACGAACAAGGUCUACUUUGAUAUCGAGAUUGACGGCGAGAAGGUCGGAAGAAUCGUAAUGGGCCUCUUUGGCAAGACAGUUCCUAAGACUGUAGAGAACUUCCGCGCUCUGUGCACUGGAGAGAAGGGAAUCGGAAAGAGCGGAAAGCCUCUGCAUUACAAGGGAUCGAUCUUCCAUCGUAUUAUCCCCAACUUCAUGAUUCAGGGUGGUGACUUUACCGCUGGAAAUGGCACUGGAGGCGAGUCUAUCUAUGGAGAGAAGUUUUCUGACGAGAACUUCAAGCUGAAGCACACGGGCCCUGGAAUCCUUUCGAUGGCCAACGCUGGACCCGAUACAAACGGAUCCCAGUUCUUCAUCACGACUGUGAAGACCCAGUGGCUGGAUGGUCGCCACGUUGUUUUUGGUAAGGUGAUCGAAGGUAUGGAGAUUGUGAAGCAAAUCGAAGCUGUGGGAACGGGAAGCGGCACUCCUACCAAGAAGGUGGUUAUUGUGGACUCUGGAGAGCUGUGA